AUGUGCAUGAGCGCGCAGUCGAUGAAUUACUUUAGCGCGGCGCAGUUUACGUUGGCGAGGUGCGCGAUUUCGUUGCCGUUCAUUUACUUGUUGGCGCGCGUGCGAGGGGAGACGAUGCGGGAGUUGAAUAAUGUGAAGAAAAGGAACGCGCUGUGCACGUCGACCGUGAUGAUUCUGCUCGCGGCGUGCGUUUGUUUGGCGCAAAUAUGUUUGGCGUACGGAUUGAAGCGGGCGUCGCUCGGAAACGCCGUCGUCCUGGGGCAAUUGGUGCCGGUGUAUUCGUGCACGAUCGCCGUGUUUCAAGGAAUCGAGAGGCCGAGCGUGGGUAAAUUCUCCGCGAUCGCGUUGAGCGUGAUCGGGACGAUAUUACUCCUCGAUCCGGCGCGAAUGUGGCUGAGCUCGGGUAAUAUUCUGUUGCUAUUUCGAAGCGCGCUCUUCGCGGCGUACUUGGCGUUUCAAGAAUCCAUCUUGCGCGAGUACAAUCCCAUCACCGUGGCCGUGGUUUCGCAAACUAUGGGUGCACUCAUGGGGAUCGCCAUCACCGUUCCUCUCGUGUUGCGCGAGCACGUCACCGCGGAGGCGCCGAUUGCUUUGGUGACGCAAUCGAACGCGUGGGCCGCCGUCGCCGCCGUCGGCGUGCUUGCCUCGGCGGCGUACGCGUUGACUACGCGCGCGGAAGCGGACACGACGCCGGUUGUCACCGCGUGUUACGGGUCACUGCAGCCGAUUUUUGCCGGAUUGAUCAUGUCUGCCGGCAUAGGGGGCGCCGUACUCGCGCGCGACGCGUUUGCGUCGACGCUCAUCUUGGUUGGGAGCAUUUUUGCCGCCGCAAAAUCGACGCUCGAGCGAAGCGACAUGCGCGUUUUGCAACGCUCGCAAGGCGUCGUGUGGAACACGCUCACGGGUGAUCCCACGAUUGCCGUUCCGCGCUCGCGGUCGACGGCGAGUUAUCCGGCGCCCAUCGACAUGACGCUCGACUUGGACGCCGAAGUGUUCGACGUCAGCGCGACCGUCGACGCAGGCGCUGACGAAGAAGAGGGCGGCACUGUGAUCAUGAAAGGUGGUAAAACACUAAAACGCGGUGAUAGUGAAGCUGUGGGCACGGUGCGCUUGAAGCGCAAGAGUCGUAAGACGCGUUUGCAGCGAUCCGAGGUCGUUUGGACCAUCGCGUUCGCGAUCGUGCUCUCUGUCGUCUCGCUCGCAGGUGCCGGUUUGAUUGGCUGGUACGGGGUGUACUUGUACUGGAAGUUCUUAUGCUAG